CUCCACCACCUUUAACUGAAUAAAUACCUUGCCCAGAUCGUCGGCCUUGAAAGUGUUGUGCAGCUCCAGAUUGACCUAGAAGUUACAUUUUCAACUACAAUUCAAAAAAUCAAGCAGCUAAACUAACCUGAAUGUACUGCCCUGUCGCCUCUAGCCAGUCGACCAGUCGCAUGUAUCGUACACUAUCCCAAACAUCUAGAACGGAAUGUUGGUGCACAGCCUGUUAAGGAAGGUCAACGACACCCGGUACGGAUUUUCGUAGUUGGGCACAAUGCUCGACGGAAUCACCUUGGCGGCCUUUAGCUUGUGCAUCAGCGAAAUCACCUUGUAGGAGCACACUUUCUUUACCAUCUUCUGAACACGCGAACCGAAGCCCAUUUACAUUGUUUUGCCUGAUUUUUGUGCUUGCAGACUUUUCACACUAUCUACAGAUCUUGUCAUGGCUCAGAUUGUUAUGGGAAAGAUUGAAAUUCGCGAAACAUUAAAUUUUGUUGAUACUACUCUUGGACGGCAACCUGGCAUCGCUCCGUAGAAACUCCUGCUGCUUUUAUGUUAACGGUUCUUCUCAAGGUUCUCCGUUGGUAAUCAAUCCGGCGCGUCAAAAAUAUUUCUGUAAAAUAACAAAUUUACCGAUAGGUUUUUAUUUCAAAUAAAAGAUUUAUUUUAGCAAACUUACCAAAACACCUACUUUCAAAACGCGCUUAGUCCAGAAAUGUCACUGUUUUAUUUCGGCAAAGUCGCCAAUCAAAAUGAAGUUCGGUUCAGUGAUCUCAAAUUUGCCAAGCAAAAUCAAAACAAACUCAUCUCAAAAUUGCCAUCACUGAACCGAACUUCAUUUUGCUUGAACGAACUCAAAAAUGGUGUUCCCCCAGUAAGCGUGCACCUUCUUCACGCGAUUUUUGGAAAAUUGACACUUUGACAGCUAGAUCUGUCAAACCAUUGUUUUUGUUUUGAAUGUGUCCGGCAAAAAGUUUUUUUUGGUUCUGAUACAAAUUUGUAGUUGUGUAACCUCUUACCGGCCGGAAUCCACAAAAAAACGACCGGAAUUGACAAAAAAUCCGAAGAUCUGCACCGCGAAAGCAUCGAUCACAUCAAAAUUCCAUCCGCCGUGCCGGGAAAUUCCGCGCUGAAGCGCAUUCCGAGGGGUUUGCUGGUUUGAUGACGUUCGCCCAGAAUCACUACCCGUUCAAAACCGCCGACUACUUUCUUACCUACAACUUCCCGAGGGAAUCGAUCAGACGCGCGGUUGGUUCUACAUGCUGCUCGAAAUCUCGACGGCCCUGUUCAACAAGCCGCCGUUCAAGAACCUGAACUGCACCGGGCUGGUGCUGGCCGCCGACGGGCAGAAGACGAGCAAGCGCAAGAAGAUUUACCCAGACCGAAUGGAGGUGUUGCAUAAGUACGGGGUGGACGCGCUAAGUUGUACCUCAUCAAUUCGCCGGUUGAGCGUGCGGAGAAAUUGCGUUUCAAGGAAGACGGCGUCAAGGACAUAAUCAAGGACGUUUGCAGAACAUUGAUCGGUUCGAGAAGGAGGACAAGAUUGUUUAUCGAUAUGACGUUGGAUUUCGUCUUUGCUUCCGUUCGAUUUUCGUUUUGCUGCUCUAGAAUUUUCUCAUGGAAUAGGUUCUACAUAAGUUUGCUAAAAAGUUUGAAAAACUUGAGAAAUUUAACCAAUUUAGGUUAAUUCAUGUUCGGUAGGAUGUCACGUCCAGACGGAUUGAUUUUGGCCCCCUUUACGGAUGAUGGCCUCGUGCGCAUGACCGCUCUAACCGUCGAGGAGCUCCGUCUCGAGGUCGGGAGGCUCCUGCUCCGAUUGCCAGUCCCGCUGCUGCAAAGGCCAAGGCCCCGAAGGAAUCCACCAAGGGAAAGGUCCUGUUUGUGGGAAAAUUGAAGCGGACCAUCACCAUCUAGCAGCUGGAGGCAGAAUUCGCUCCUUUCAGAACCGUUACGGUGCUCCGGCUGGUGAUGGACAAGGAGACGGGACGCUCCAAGGGUUUCGGUUACGUCCAGUACGUGGAGGCGGACGAUGCCGCCAAGGCCAUGGCCCAGCUGGAGGUGACGAUGGCGCACCUAGCUGGUGCGUUAACUUUAUGGAAUUCUGAGAUUUACCCGGACCGAACUGCACCAGGCUGGUGCUGGCCGCCGACGGGCAGAAAAUGAGCAAGCGCAAGAAGAACUACCCGGACCCGAUGGAGGUGGUGCACAAGUACGGUGCGGCCGCUCUGCCGUGGUCACGAUAAUUUGUCCCUAGGCAAUCAGCUUCAUAUCCGUUCCGGUUUCCCCCGUUAAUUUGACCACCUUGCAUUCCGAGUUCUGGCCAAACAUGAAGAUCGGCCAGCGCGUUCCUCGAGACCAAAUAAACAACCCGACCGUGCGGAUUCUGCUGUAACAUGCGCAACACUGCAAAUUACGCAAUCGUCAUCUUGCCCGACUCGGUUGACGCCCCAACAAAUACAUUUUCCUCACUGUUAUAAACUACGUUGAAGACCUGCGCCUGGAUCGGAUUAAACUGCGAGAACCGGUCCGAGUACAGCUCUUCGAAACGUGGCUCGCGCAGGGCACUCAGUUUUUUGUCCACCUGUUGGAUUUAUGUUUCAAAAUAUGUUAGACAUAGAUAAACUUUAAAGAAUUCGUUAAAUAGAAUCUACAAAAAUCUAAAAUAAAUAACAGUACCCAUUUUGUUUUUGUGGAAAAAAUGAUUCAAUAUGGUGCUCGCGUAUCAAGGUUUACCAUUUUAACUUUAAAAUACCCUCAUGAUUUAUGGUAACCAUUUCAAGAAACAUCUGUAAAUAGUUUUUUAAUGUUACCAAAAAAACAUUUUACCAUUAUAAACUUUGAAAUAACUAUAACAAUUUUGGUAACCAUUUGACGAAUAGUCAUCAAGGUCCGCAAUUUGCACCAUUUGAACUUUUAAAUUACCUUAUGAUUAAGGGUAACCAUUUGAGAAGACAUCCGCUAAC